AAUGUCAAACUGACGUGAAAUUUCUAGUUACACACGUGUUGUGUACCAUUUGUUUACAUGCAGUUUUUUAAAUAAAUUUAUAUGAAAAUACCUUUAAAAUAUACAAAAAAUGGCUGACAUAAUUGACACUGAAGAAGAGGAUCGAGAUAUAGUAGGGCCAGAAGAAAUAGAACAAUUGUUUAGUAAAAAAUACAAUUUGUUAUCAGAAACUGCAGUGUCGCUUAAGAAAUCGUAUGUAAAUAAGUUAGCCACAACUAAGUCAUUAAAAAUAGCCGUAAGCUUACAAGACAACAGUAUCGAGGUAUACCAGCUGAGCAACACGUCACUGAGCAAGGUGUGCAAGCUCAGCGGUCACAAGAAGGAGCUGACGGAUGUGGUGUUCUUGCAUAAAGAGGAACAUCUUUUGCAUUCAUGUGGGCAAGACGGGCUGGUGAAGCUGUGGGACACGAGGACAAGCGGGAGUUGUGUGCAGGAGUAUAAAGAUGAAGAAGAACAGAUAGUCCGGCCGUACCUCUGCAUGGAUGUAUCCUGCAAUAGCCGAGUGCUCUGUGCGGGAAGCCAAACUGUACAGAAUGAUGCAUACCUUGUGUUUUGGGAUCAGCGCGUCACCAAGCCUCUGGGUGGCUACUGGAACUCACACACUGAUGACAUCACUCAGGUGAAAUUCCACAAGAAAAAACCUAGUGUACUGGCUUCCGGUUCUGAUGAUGGCCUCCUCAAUGUUUACAACAUCAUGGAACCUAAUGAAGAUGAUGCACUCACAUAUUCACUUAAUGUGGAAAACUCUAUUGAGAGGAUAACUUGGCUUAGUGAUUCACAGGCUUCGUGCGUGACGCAGAGCAGCGACCUACAAGUGUGGGACACGGAGCGCGGCGACCUCGUGCAGAGCUACGGCCGCGACAAGAUCGCCCGGACCAUCAAGCGCAGCCGCGGCGACGACUGCUACGUGGUGGACGCGUACCGCUCGGCGGACGGCGCGGCCGUCGUGCUGGCCGGCUCGCACGCGGCCGCCGGCAACGUGCUCCGCUCGGUGACGGCCACCAGUAAGAAGCUGCAGCCCACCACCAACUUCGUCGGCAACAAGCAGGUCGUCAGGUGCUGCUCUUAUAACGCAGAGAGAGACAUCCUCGUGACGACGGGCGAGUCCGGCCUCGUCAGCGUGUGGGCCCCGCGCGGCCCCGGCCCCGGCCUCGGCCUCGGCCCCGGCCCCGGCCCCGGCCUCGCGCUGGCGCGCUCCAUGGACAAGAUGAGAGUGCGCCACAAGCCUUACUGACCAAUAUAUUCUACAUAUGUUUACUAUCGUUUCAUUAUUUACCGAUGUUAUGCGGAACACCGAGGCACAUAAUAUUUAUGUACACGGU